UAUGCAAUUAAAAGCAACAUGACCGUAAUAAUUGCUUUCACUAAAAUGAUUCUACUUAUAUAAUCUGGGCAUCGCUAUUUAUGGCUUAUGUUUGGAAGAAAAGCGGUAACAUAGAAAUGCUAAUGAAAAGCCAUACUACCAAAAGUUGUUAACAAAUCUCACACAGUAAACUAACUUCUCAUAUAGAGAAAGAGAUGGCGGCAGAUGUAGGAUGCUGUGGAACAAAAUUCUGGCUGUACUUGAUAGUCAUCGUAGGAUUGGUAUGCUUCGCUGGUCUGAUGGCCGGGCUCACUCUUGGGCUCAUGUCUUUGGGCCUCGUCGACCUCGAAGUUCUCAUCAAAUCAGGUCGUCCUCAACAUCGCAUCCAUGCUGCCAAAAUUUUCCCUGUUGUUAAGAACCAGCAUCUUUUGCUUUGCACUCUUUUAAUUGGAAAUUCCUUAGCCAUGGAGACUCUUCCAAUUUUUCUUGAUGCUAUUGUGCCCCCUUAUGCUGCUGUUUUGAUUUCAGUCACUCUCAUCCUCAUCUUUGGAGAGAUAUUGCCUCAAGCAAUUUGUACUCGAUAUGGGUUAACGGUUGGAGCAACACUAGCCCCAUUUGUUCGUGUUCUUCUUAUAGUAUUCUACCCUAUCUCUUAUCCAAUCAGCAAGGUGCUUGAUUGGAUGUUGGGUAAAGGAAAGGCUGCUCUUUUAAAGAGGGCAGAGCUCAAGACUUUUGUGAAUUUUCAUGGGAAUGAGGCCGGGAAAGGAGGAGAUUUAACACAUGAUGAGACAACAAUCAUAACCGGUGCGCUUGAAUUGACUGAAAAGACUGCAAAAGAUGCCAUGACUCCCAUAUCAAAGGCAUUUUCCCUUGAUCUGGAUGCAACUCUAAAUUUGGAGACCCUAAAUUCAAUAAUGACAAUGGGUCAUAGUAGAGUCCCAGUUUAUGCGGGAGAGCGGACAAACAUUAUGGGACUUGUUCUGGUUAAAAAUCUCUUUAUGGUUGAUUCAAAGGCUGCAGUUCCUCUAAGAAAAAUGAUCAUCAGAAAAAUUCCUCGUGUUUCAGAGAAUAUGCCCCUCUAUGAUAUACUUAAUGAAUUUCAGAAGGGUCACAGUCAUAUUGCAGUUGUAUAUAGGGAUCUAAAUGAUAAAAAAGAAGCAUCCAAGAAAAUUAAAGAUGAGGAACAGCUUGAGUUUAAGGACAGCUGUAAGAACAAAGGAAAAAGCUCUCCCUUGGAUAAAGGUGCAAAGUUGGAGCCACGCAAUACUUUGACUGCUGGUGGUAAGAUUGAUGGCGGCCCACAGGUGAAAAAAGGUCCACCAGCAAUGCCUGCUUUUAAAAAGAGACACAGAGGUUGUUCAUAUUGCAUCCUGGACAUUGAUAAUGCUCCCCUGCCUGUGUUUCCACCCAACGAAGUGGUUGUUGGUGUUAUUUCGAUGGAGGAUGUAAUCGAAGAGCUUCUUCAGGAGGAAAUACUUGAUGAAACCGAUGAAUAUGUUAACAUCCAUAACAAGAUAAAAGUUAACAUGAAUGCUUCUAAGGAGAAGGCUUCUGGUGCAAAUUUGUUGCAGCCUUCUAAUUUAGCAGUUCAAGGACACACGCCAAGUAAUUCGAUUUCUACAGCUACUUCGGCAACGGGUUCACCAACCACCAUUGAUCAAAUCUCUGAAAGUGAGUCACUCAAGAAUCAAUAAUUCAUCCAAUUAGAAUAAUAACAGAAUAACAUAGGUUUCUGUUAAAAGGGCAGAACAGUAUAUAGCUUGUUGUAAACAAAAGUUUAUAUGACACUGUUAAUAUGCAGAAAAGAAUAUGAUGGUAGUGUUUGGUGCAUAGAACAAAACAGAACGUGUUCUAGUUCUGUUCUAUUAUCUUUGUUUUAACACUUUUGUAACUAGACUAAAACAUGUCGCUUUUUUUAUUCACAGAUUUAAUUCUGUUUUGAAAUGUAUUAAAUAUAUAACAGAACAGAUAUUAUGUUCCGUCUUGUUCUGACAUCUACAAAAUGAGUAAAAGGGAAGAUUUAAGAAUAA